CUUUUUCAAUAAAGGAACCUAAAGAAGCAAAACAAGCAUGGGGGUAUGUUCCUGUCAGAAGCAACGCAAGCAUGUUCUGGUGGUUGUACUAUGCAGACAGUCCCACUCAGAAUUUCACACAACUUCCUCUUAUCUUAUGGCUGCAGGGAGGCCCAGGAGCUUCAGGUUGCGGAUAUGGAAAUUUUGAAGAGAUUGGCCCUUUAGAUGCUGAUCUAAAAGCAAGAAAGACAACUUGGCUGCAGGCAGCAAGUCUUCUCUUUGUUGACAAUCCUGUUGGCACUGGAUACAGUUACGUUAAUGACUCCCUUGCCUACGCCACUGAUCUCAGCAUGGUCGCUUCGGAUAUGAUGGUGGUUCUCCGAGAGUUCUUUAAAUCAAAGGUGGAAUUCCAGGCUGUUCAAGCUGGAACAAUCAAGUGCAAUUUUCAUGGAGUAGCCCUUGGUGAUUCAUGGAUUUCUCCUCUAGAUUCCGUGCUUGCUUGGGGGCCUUACCUAUAUAGCACUUCUUUCCUAGAUGAUCAAGGCUUGAAGGAAGUCACUACAGCUGCCAAGAAGAUCCUGAAUGCAAUGAAUACAGGGGCAUUUAAGCUUGCUACACUGCUUUGGGAUAAAGCAGAGGAUAUCAUAGAAAAGAACACAAAUGGUGUGAAUUUCUAUAAUAUUCUAACCCCUGACUCUACGAAGGACACAGCUCUUUCAUCUGCUGCAACUGAAACCACCCCAUUUUUAAGAUUGUUCCAGCGUCAUGUGAAAAAUCAAAUUAACGACAAGCUGAGUGAUCUGAUGAAUGGGCCCAUCCGGAAGAAGCUGAAAAUAAUUCCAGACCAUGUCAAAUGGGGAGGGCAAUCAACGGGUGUAUUUAUGAAUAUGGCUGAAGACUUUAUGAAAAAUGCAAUUGAUAUUGUGGACAGCUUGCUGGAGGCCAAUGUGAAUGUCACUGUAUACAACGGGCAGCUGGAUCUCAUCGUUCCUACAAUAGGGCAAGAAGCUUGGCUCCGGAAGCUAAAAUGGCCCAAGCUGAAAGAAUUUAAUGCACUGAAGUGGCAGCCUUUGUACACCUGCCCAAAAUGCACAGAGACGGCUGCUUUUUAUAAAUCCUAUUGUAACCUGAGCUUCUUCUGGAUCCUCAAGGCUGGCCAUAUGGUCCCAGCUGACCAGGGUGACAUGGCGCUGAAGAUGCUUAGGAUGGUCACCCAACAAAAGCAAUGACUAAAUUAGAGCCAGCUGGCUUGGCUCCUCUACAGAACAAAAAACAGGUUGUUUGGAAUCUUUUUGUGGCACCCUGAAAGAAGAAGGAACAAUGACACCAUUGUGUUUUGAUUUUCUCAGAUACUAUGCCAGGCAUUUUAAGGAGACGGAUAGAUGGAAAUAAUUUGCUUUCUCCUGUGGUGACUUCUUUUGUAAAAUGUGAAGAUCUCUUGAUCCACUUCUGGUUAGUAUAACCCUUAAAUGCUGGAAAAGGAAGGUGUGAAUAAAUCAGGGCAUUUUGUAGGCUGUGUGUGGCCUCCAUGUUGCAGCCUCAGAAGAUCCUCCUUCUGUCCUGCAGCAUCUGGCAAAAUUGGUGAGAUGUCAGCGAUACUCUUUUGAGGUAGGUUUUGCCAAAAGAAAGUAAGAGAUAGACCGAUCAGUCCCCCAGAGGUUAAAUGCAUCCAUUUCCAACUUCUAAACGCUCCCAAAAUGCCUCCCAUCCAGACUCAGGCCCAUCCAGUUAGAUACAUCAUUGUCCUAGCCUCCAAAUAGUCUGGAGUAACUCCCAGGACAAAAGAGGUUUCCCACUCUUGAAGCAAUAUUUUCUCAAGGGCAGUGUUUCCUUUUGACUGAUUUUCAUUCUCUUUUUUAUAUAUACAUGCAUACCUUCCACUUGGAGCCUAUUUGUAGAUAUUUCUUUAUCCAGACCCAUGAAAAGGCAAUUUUCCUGAUUCUUGGCCUCCCAGAGACAAGCAUGUGAUCAAGUGUUGUGUCAGAAAUUGUGCUGGGACUAGGAAGCCAGAGAAUCUUUCAGCUGGAGCACUCUUCUGCCUGCUCAGGCAAUAGACCUUGUGGAGGUUGCCCCACAGCUGAUGCCCAAAGCCAUCACCCUUCUUUCUGUCAGCCUUUGCAGCUUGAUUGAAAACAAAGGGUUGGAUUCUUAUUUAAAUAAGAUUUGCUGCCUAGAAAGAGAUAUUCAGGAUUGACAGGCCUAAGUCCGACUGCAUACAGAGCUAAGGCCUCAUUUCUAAAGUAGAAACUGUUGUUUUCCUUGGCUUCCAACAGGAGGAAAUAUAGGAAUAAAAGCAGCAACCUGGAGCAAAGAUUCAGCAUGUCCUAAUCUUGAUCUUUAGGCUAAUGGACUUGUCUAAGCCAGGGGUGGGUAAGUAUGGCCCCUUUACGACCUGUGGACUUCAACUCCCAGGAUUCAUGACUUGGUCAGGAAUUCUGGGAGUUGAAGUCCAUGGGAUGUAAAGGAACCAUAAUUGCCCAUUUCAGUCUAAGCAAAGGUCAAAUUAUUGGAUUGUUUGUCACAGUCCAUUGGUUGCCCUCUAACACGACUGGAUGACAUCACCAGGUUUUGCUGCUUUAACAGAGUAAGGAAAAUAGAGGUGAUUCACACCCUGGUCAGUGUCUCUUCGCAUUUGUACCAUUGGGUAGAAGACAUUGAAGCAUAGCCAGCCGAACAAAUAGGUUUAAAAAUAGUUUCUAUCCAUGGACUGUCAGACUCUUAAACCCAAUCACAAUCACGCCACACACACACGGAAACGUAUGCCUAGUUUUCCUUUUUCUUUCUUUUUUCUUUUCCCCUAAUUACUUGCAUAGGGGUUAUUCUUUAUACUAUUCAUGUUG